UCCGUUUAUUCUUUUCACAACCCUAUAUAUUGUAUAGUAAAUGCUGAGAAUUUUGCAUAAAUUGUUUUUGGUAUUUCACCCGGCAUUUUGAAGAUGCUACAGAAUGUUCCGCACCAACUUUUGCAAUCGCCGGCCCGGCUUGGCCUGCCAACUCCCAGUUCACCUUCUGUUCAGAACCCAAACCCUCCUCCUAAGUUCUCAUCACAAGUGUCGCAACCUAAUCAACCCCUUCAACAGGCAAAUAUAUUAACUACUACUACCACCUCAUCGACGCUCCUUCCUCUGCUCCCACCUCUCUCCAGAGCUCAGUCUCUUCUCAUUCAAAUGGCAUCUCUUGCUUCAAGACUCUUUGAAGUCUCACCUAACGGGUCCCAUUGGCUUAGUGCUUUUCGAGGCUCUUUCCCUUCAUUUCUGCCUUCUGCAACUCCGGUUCCACAAGAUUCCUUCCCUUCAUCGUCAAAAGAGAUCCUCUCUGUGUUUACUUCUCUUCAGACACAGCUGUUUGAAGCAGUUGCAGAACUGCAAGAAAUUCUUGAUCUUCAAGAUGAGAAGCAAAAAGUCAUCCGCGAAAUUAGGUCAAAAGAUUCUUCAAUUCUUGCUUUUGCCAACAAACUUAAAGAAGCUGAGCGUGUUCUUGACAUGCUUGUUGAUGAUUACUCUGAUUAUCGUCGUCCCAAACGGGCCAAGUUGGAAAAUGAUACUGAAGAAUCUUCAGUAACAACUGUGGCAACUCAGUUGAAAUUAUCUGACAUAUUGUCAUAUGCUCAUAGGAUAAGCUACACUACUUUUGCACCACCUGAAUUUGGUGCUGGACAGGCUCCUCUUCGGGGAGCACUCCCUCCGGCUCCACAGGACGAGCAAAUGCGUGCUUCUCAAUUAUAUAAUUUUGCUGAUCUUGAUGUUGGUUUACCAAAACUAGAUGAAGGCAAAGAGAAGAUUAUUGAGCCACUCAUUGAACCUCCGGCGGAAACUAACCCACUUGCCAAUAUUCAGGGCCUCAUCACUCCAAAUAUUGUAGUGCCAUCUGGAUGGAAACCUGGUAUGCCUGUCGAGUUGCCCUCUGACCUCCCAUUUCCUCCACCUGGGUGGAAGCCUGGCGAUCCAAUAGCACUGCCUCCAUUUGAUUCUCUUCCACUUCAUCCAAAGGUCGAGGAAGCACCAGCACGACCAGUACCUCCCCCAGGACUGCCAAGAAUGCCCGAACCAAUACAGGUUCGGCAUGUGCAGCUUGAUAUUGAGGAUGAUAGCAGCGAUUACAGUUCUGAUGAGGCCAGCUCUGAUAGUGAAGAUUGAUCUGGUUAGCCGUUUUGAGUAGCUAAUACAGGUUCGACUUGUGCAGCUUGAUAUCAAGGAUGAUAGUAGUGAUUAUAGUACUAAUGAAGCCAGCUGUUAGUGAAGAUUGAAGUGGCUAGCUGUUUUACGUAAAUACUGGGAAAAUCAUGAUGCUAUGCCGAAACACGAGGUUAACCCUUUAAUUUGAUAUCUACCAAUCUCACCUGUAGGAAGUGUUGGAUUCUCAAGCUUUUGAUGCCCAGCUUUCUUUUAUCUGUAGUUACUUUUUCAUUUCAAAAGAAGUAUGCGUACAAAGGAUUUUGUGUAGUAACUUUAUUAUAUAGAUUGACAACUUAGAUAGAUGAGAAGAAACCGCCUGAGAUUUGAAGCCCGAUCUUUCAUGGUUCUUGUCUAACGUCAUUGACCGCUAAGUCACACCUUUGGCUGCUUAGUUACCCCGUAUCUAUCAUUGCAUUGAAUCUGCUUCAUUAAUUAUUAA